UUUAAUUAAAUUUUCAAUCUUUACAUUUACUUUUUUCUAUUAUGCAAAUAACGUCAGUGAUAUUAUUAAUAUGCGAUAUGAAAUUCUCGGUUACUAAUUCGUAUUUGAACUUUGAUAGUUCUUAUUUUACUCGUUGCCAUAAUAAUAUAUUUCCAUAACCUAAUUCUGCUCUUUAUUACAUGCUAUAAUAUAUCUAAUAAAAACAAAUCAAUUUUUAAUUUUAAAAAAUGGAAGAUUUUCAGUAUGUAAUUAAAAAACAAGAACGCCAAAAAAUAUGUUUUGGUUCUGGAUGUCCACAUGAUAUGUCUAAAAGAGACAUGACUUCUUUUAUGAGAUAUUAUACAAAAGAUAAUUAUGAAAACAUUAGUCCUAAUAAAUAUAAUGUUCUGGAUUCAUUUCUUGCUGCCAAAAAUAAACCAUGUUCACAUAGUAUUAGUAAGAAAGGAUAUGGCGGCAUUACUAGGACAAUGCAUAAAAUUGAACGUAGUGAAGAUUUUCCAUCUCCUGCAAAUUAUAAUAUUGUUAGUAGUUUCAAGUCUAUUAAAGAAUCAAGAUUUCCUUUUGCAUCUUCUACUAAAAGAACUACUUUUAUUGCUAAUGUGAAUCCUGGACCAGGAACAUAUACACCAAUAGAGAAAAAAGAAAUUGCAUUUGAACAUAGUUUUGGUGGUAGAGUUAAGAUGAGACUUGGAGUUCAAUUUAAAUGUUGUAGUAAUAAUACAGAUGUGUGUAAAAUUUGUGGACAAAAACCUGAAGGAGAUUAUUGGCAUUGCAACAAUAAAAUUUUCUUGUGUAGACCAUGCAUGACUGAUGCAUUUCAAACACAAUCAAAGUAUAAAAGAGAAGAACUAAAGCAUUUUUCUAGAGUACGUGAUUGUUCAGACAUUCAUCAGCAUGAGAAAACUGAUGCUAACAUUUGGUUAAUACAUCCUAAACUCUUAAAACAAAGACUAGUUAAGGAAACAUAUCUUACUUCUUAUUUAAAAAAUUAAAUUCAAUAUUUUAUCAAAUGCUGCAUUUUUGUACUUGUAUGCCUUUCUCAAUAGACAAAGCAUUGUAA